CUUGGCUGAUGUGGCCUGAAAUGUUUCCCGCAGUUCAUUGUAGAAGAACCGCUUUCACCACUCGCGGGCGAGGCGGGGUUGAGAUAUAAACACUACAUAUUUCCCAUGGAAGGUUACCAUUUCAUGUCCGUUCCAUCUUAGCACUAUUUAGUGCAAGCCUCAACAUGUCGGACAGAAAUGAGAUCCCCUCGGCCUUGUCCCUCUCCUCCCUCAACCCUCGAAUAGCUCGGUUCAACCAUCCCGGGAAUGACGAAGAAAACCAAAAAAGGCUAUCGGAUGAUUUAGAGUCUGCUCUGAGCCAUGAGAAGAAUGAACUCCUCCCAAACGAAACUCGAGGGGAGGAGGUUGCUCCAAAGAGCUCGUUCACUUCUGGCCUGAUCUGGAUGGUCAUCAACACCCUCGCGACAAUAGGCAUUGUCUUCACCAACAAAGCCAUCUUCUCCGACCCGUCCCUCAAACUCGCCCAGCUGACCUUCGCCUGCUUCCACUUCCUCAUCACCUUCCUCACCCUCUUCGUCCUCUCCCGCCCGGCCCUCGCCUUCUUCGUCCCGCGCCGCGUCGCCCUCCUCGACAUCCUCCCCCUCUCCCUCGCCAUGUCCCUCAACGUCAUCCUGCCCAACCUCUCCCUCGCCUUCUCCACCAUCACCUUCUACCAGAUCGCCCGCAUCCUCCUCACCCCCACCGUCGCCCUGCUCAACUACCUCCUCUACCGCGCCACCCUCCCGCCCCGCGCCCUCCUCGCCCUCGUCCCGGCCUGCCUCGGCGUCGGCCUAGUCUCCUACUACGACUCCCUCCCCCCACCCACUACCACCACCACCACCACCACCACAAGUUCUACGUCACCCAAAACAACCACCCCCCUCGGCAUCCUCUUCGCCCUAACCGGCACCGCCGCCUCCUCCCUCUACACGGUCUGGAUCGGCGCCUACCACCGCCGCCUCAAACUCUCCAGCAUGCAGCUGCUCUUCAACCAGGCGCCCGUGUCAGCCGUGCUGCUGCUCUACGCGAUCCCCUUCAUCGACACCUGGCCGGCGGCGUGGAGCGGCGUGGGCGCCGGUCGGUGGGCGCUGAUCGGGCUGAGCGGGGGGUUUGCCGGCCUGAUCAACAUCUCGCAGUUCUUUAUUGUCGCGCAGGCCGGGCCGGUGUCGAGUACGGUGGUUGGGCAUGUCAAGACGUGCGCGAUUGUGGCGCUGGGGUGGGCGGUCAGUGGGAGGGGGGUUGGGGAGUGGGGGAGUUUGGGGGGCGUUGUGGUUGCGGUGGGGGGGAUCAUAGCGUACUCGGUGAUAAUGCUACAGGAGAGGGGGAAGCAGACGCUAGGAAAAGCACCAGGGCAGCCGGUAGGAGAGAAAGGGAAGUGA